AUGACUCUGUUAAUUCUAAAAGUUCUUUUCGAUCAUAUCACUGGAAUCCCUUUUUGGUACCGCAAAGACGUCUAUGCUCUGCAGCAGUCUCUCGAAAGUCUAGGUCGCCACGGUUACAAUACUUCUCCUUCAGUGGUGGAACAAGCAUAUGAAACGCUCAAGAAAUAUGAGGAUCUCAAAAGUGCCGAAGUACAAUGGCGAUUGGCUCGAGCACUUGUUGAGAAAGCUUUCUGGAUGAAGGAGACUAAGGACAAAAUGCCUCUUCUGCAUGAGGCAAAGGAGCUAGCAAAACAGGCCAUCAGUCUCGGAGGAGAUAAUUGUGCUGGAGCACACAAAUGGUACGCCAUCAUACUGCACAGACUGGGAGAGCUUGAUAAGAAAGCGAACUACUACGACGAAAUAGUGGACCAUUUGGAGAAGGCUGUGAAACUCGACCAAGAUGACGUUUACUCUGUGCACCUUCUAGGCGUCGUUCAUUACAAACAUAAAAAAUACGAAGAGGCACUGAGAGAGUUCGAAAAAGCGGAGCAUGUCAGGGAGAAAUUCUCUCCAUGUAAUCUGUACUACUAUGGGGCUGCUUUGUUAGCUCUUGGAAGAAAAGAUGAAGCGAUCAAGCACUUCAUUCAAGCAUACAAGGCGCAUGCUCAUAACGAGCACGAAGUGAAGGCACGAGCAGAUGCAAGGACAAAGCUUUUGCACUUGAAGGUUGAUCAAGCUCUAUACGAGAUCCAUCCAUAUUGA